AUGUUCCCUGAACAUCCCCCUCCCAUCGCCUCCACUUCCCCCUCCCGUCGCCUCAUCUUCCCCAUCCCGUCGCCUCAUCUUCCCCCUCACGUCACCUCAACUUCCCCCUCCCGUCGCCUCCACUUCCCCCUCCCGUCGCCUCCACUUCCCCCUCCCUUCGCCUCCACUCCCCCCUCCCGUCGCCUCCACUUCCCCCUCCCGUCGCCUCCACUUCCCCCUCCCGUCGCCUCCACUUCCCCCUCCCGUCGCCUCCACUUCCCCCUCCCUUCGCCUCCACUUCCCCCUCCCGUCGCCUCCACUUCCCCCUCCCGUCGCCUCCACUUCCCCCUCCCGUCGCAUCCACUUCCCCAUCCCAUCGCAAGCACUUCCCCCUCCCGCCCCCUCCACUUCCCCUUCCCGUCGCCUUCGCUUCCUGCUCACUCUCUCCCCUCUUUUGUGAAGCUUCCUGACUAUCUAACAGGGGGACUACUUACCCUGGCCACCCUGUUGUGCCUGUGUUGUUCCUCAGAUGGUCUUACCCCUACUUCCCCCCUUCUUACCCCCUCGUCCUCUCCUCUCUCCUGCAUUGGUGCAUGUGUCCUGUUUUGUCUGUGGAUGCUGUGGGCAGCAGAGGAGGAACUAUACGGGGAGAAGAUACUUUCAGUUGACAGCCUGACCUCAGACUUCUAUUCUAUGCUCUCAUCUCACCUUUCCAUUCUCCCCUCCCUCCGUUCUUUAACUCUAUCCCCUUCCACCUCCCCCCCCUUCUCUGUUUGUUGUGCGCUGACUUCUUCUGCCACACCUGGUUCCAUGAGGUGCGGUUGGUGGGAGGCAUAG